GGAAAAUGAAUGGUAAAUAAUGACUUGCAUGCGUACGAAUGGCCAUUGGAUGAAUUCUACAGAUGGACUCUCGUCAAUCAUUUACCUUACAAAAGGCGCCUACAAACACGCACUAACAUAAACACACACAUUAUCUCUGAAUUGUGUGAAGGGAAACCUCCCUAUAAAAGCUCCUCCUGAACGAUAAGUAGAUGACAAACAGAAACUCGACACGGAACUCAGCUGUCAGCUGCCAUGAACCUACAGCGCCUCUCCUCUCUGCUGCUCUGUGUCGCUUGCAGUGCAGUUUUCACUAUAAGAUCAGCAGCCGCUCACACGUCUGCGCUGGAUCAUGUGACCGUGAUGUCAUCAUCAGGGGAGGGGCUUCAGAGUGCCGUGGGUGAAGAUUUGGAAUCUGAUGAUGAUCAGGAUCCAUCAGGAAUGUUCAAUGAUCCAUCUUUGUUUAAAGCCCAAGUCAGUAGAGACGAGCAGAAUCAAAAGCGGUCCGGGCGCAAAAAGAACAAAGGACGAAAAAAGAAUAAAAAUAUCACUCCUGUUCAGCCGAACCACACAUCCAGUCAGAGGAGCCACAGCACCACCGCUGACCCCUGCCUGACCUCUCACGUGGACUACUGUAUCCACGGCCACUGCACGUACCUGCACGGCCUGAGAGAGCCCGUCUGUGUAUGUAAGAGAGGUUAUGACGGAGAACGCUGUGGGAUCCAGCUCCUCGGGACGUCCCGGGACGAGAGCAGCACUGAAACGACCCACACCGCGCUCGUCAUCAUGGCUGUCGUCCUGUCAAUCAUCAGCUGUCUAGCUAUCCUGCUUAUGGUCUGCGUGCACUAUAGAACACAUCAUCGCUUUCAGGCAGCUUUCCUGAGCUCCACUAACGAGAGAGAGAAACUAGAGAAGAAGAACAUUAUGGUGUGACGAGAAAGUAAGUUUUUAAAUGUAGAAGUCACACUGAUGUCACUGGUGUGGAUUGCACUACAGAAAUAUUGCACAUGCGUCUCAAUUCGCACACUUAUACGCUAUGCCGUUUUGUAGUAUAAACAGUGCGAGUAGCGUGUAUGCACUGAAAAAAAAAAUCAAAAUGAACAAGUGGACUUUAAAUACCUGGAUGAAGCACUUAAUUAACCCCCCAAAAAACGAUGUGUGGAAUGUUGG